ACAAUCUCAUAGUUUAACACAUUAUUUUAAAAAAAGAGGGAAAAAAAAUCAGUAUCUAAAAAAAUUGCCACUAAAAUGUCAUAGUAUAGUGUGUCAUAGGAAUGCCAUUAAAAAGUCUGUAUAUUAUUCCAUAAAAUGCCAUUAAAAUAUCAGAGUUUAAUAUGUUAUUUUUUAAAAAACACACGAAACGAAUCAUAGAUGGCCCUGUCUUAAAAUCCAGAUGAUGAGAUUGUUUCUGCAUUAAGAUGAAAUGAUAGUUUUCAUACAUCGCAGAGUUUUUGCUGUUAAAACAAACCAAAGACCUGGUGGUCACUUCCUCCAGCACGCGCAGCGACGUGGACUCGUUGUGCUCCGUCACGGAGGAGAUAACGAGUCAGUAAAGCGCCGAGUUGUGGAAACAACUCCGAGUAAUCCUUCAUCAUGUGACUCAUAGUAAUAAUCACUUGAUAAUGAAGACGGACGUCUGCGGCGCAGCAGGUGACACCGACAGAAGAGAAGAGCCGCUCAGACCGGAGAACCUCAACAUCACCGGGACAUUCACCGAAACAUCCUCCGGUGAGUCACAUCGACACGUGCGAACCAUGUUUUUAUUAAUUAUAUGAGGAAGAAAAGACAGGAGGUAAACACAGAUUCAUGUUUGUGUCACUUUGUCUAAAGUUUUGUGAGCCGCCGCUGAUCCUGGGUCAGUGUGCCUUCGUGUGAACGUGCGUAAACCUGCUAUAAAUACACCGGAGGCGGCGGUUGAUGGAAAAUUGUUAUUUUCUGUCAAUAGAGACAAAAACCCAACAGCAACAGCGCGCGCUGUUAAUUGCAGGUUUUCAGCAGAUUGCCUCUCACAGUUCUGACCUUCGUUCAUUCACUGACAUCAAAUCAUUCAAAUGCAAAUGAGCCGCGGGAUCAGAUCCGGGGAAGCUGUCCUAUAAAUACAGACAUAAAUCAUCCCGUUCUCCUUGCAGGGCCCGACAGAGGUGAUCCUGCACAGCGGGGGACCACGAGACAGCAGAGGUCGUUUUUUGGAGGACAGAGUGUGAAAAGAGUCGUAUGAUGUCCGUUGUUGGCGCGCAGCCUUUCAUCAAACCAAUGCAGCCUGCGCCGUCCGUUUCGCCCGGUAUCCAAAGGAGACACACACUCCCCGCGAGCGAAGUCCGACCCCUGAACACGCAAGAUGCCAUAAGCGUGUUUGAAAUCGAGCGAGAAGCGUUUAUCUCAGUAUCGGGUGAGUGUCCUCUCCACCUGGAUGAGGUGCGUCACUUCCUCACCCUGUGUCCGGAGCUGUCCAUGGGCUGGAUCGAGGAGGGCCGGCUGGUGGCUUUCAUCAUCGGCUCUCUGUGGGACCAGGACAGACUCACCACAGACGCGCUGACUCUCCACAAACCCCGCGGCUCCACCGUCCACAUCCACGUCCUCGCCGUCCACCGCACCUUCAGACAGCAGGGCAAAGGUCCCAUCCUGAUGUGGCGCUACCUGCAGUACCUCCGCUGCCUGCCCAACGUACGCAGAGCGGUGCUCAUGUGCGAAGACUUCCUCGUUCCCUUCUACCGCAAAUCUGGCUUCAAGGUGCUGGGCCGCUGCGCCAUCACCGUGGCUAACCUCACCUUCACGGAGAUGUGGUACCCCAUCAGCGGCCACGCGUACAUGCGGCGCAACAGCGAGGCGAUCCGGUUCCCUCAGCACCCUCUGACGCUGCCGCUGGCAAAGAGGGAUGAACAUGUUGAUGUAUGAUGUGGUGAGUUAUGACGCAAAGAAAUCUCCACACACUGUAAAAUCUGACAAGUUCACUUAAAAAGAAAUCUAAGAAACUAAUUACUAAGUUAAGUUUACUUAAAACGUAGUGCCAUUAUCUUAAUUUGUGAAGCCGUUGCAACUUAAAAAUGACAAGAAAUCAAUCUUUCUAUGUUUUAGUAACUUCAGUAAAAUGAGUUUACUGUGUUAUUUAUCUAUUUUGCUGUCAGUCGUUUUUCGUAUUUUCUUAAUCACGUUAAUCAAAUGAAGCCUAAGCAAUGGGGCGUAAAAGGCAUUAAACAACUUAACAAAAAAUGUCCCACAAAUUUUUAAAAAUUAGUAAAAGGUGAAGAGAAAAUUUCCUGAACAAUAGUUUUUAGAAAGGAGGGAGGAUUAUUAAUUACAUAUUUAAAAUUAUGUUACAGGUUAACAAAACAACUCUAAAACCUUCUAACUUGAUAAUCGGAAAAAUCCUCUUUGUGAUGAUCAAGUAAAGUCACUAACUUUGUUUA